AUGGUUUACACUGAAACAAAACCACGCGGUCCUAUUUCAGCAAUGAAUUCGACACCAGGUCCGGUUUAUCUCUUACCGGGUCUGGUUGGAAAUAAUUUUCAUGAUCCACGUUCGGUUCAUAAUAAACAACCAUCUUAUUCAUUUGGUCUUAGACAUGGUAAAUAUAAAGAUGAAGCAUCACCUGGUCCAUGUUAUUUUCCAAAUCCAAGAAUUAUUCGAACUGGUAAAGAUGGUACACCACAAUAUUCACUCUAUGCUCGACGUGGUGAUUUAAAAGGUGAUAACGUUCCUGGACCCGGCUCAUAUAAACCCGAAGAAAAUGGACCAAUGAAAAGUGUCUUCCAAUCACCACCUGCUUAUACAUUUGGUACACGUCAUAAAGCCUAUGGACUUGAUCAUACACCCGCACCAAAUGCUUAUGGUUUACCCGGCAUGACUGGCAAAACAGUACAAAGUGUAAAGAAACAAGCACCAAUCUAUUCAAUGACAGGAAGAAGUAAACGUGGUGGUUUUGAUGAAGAUUUACAACGAACACCGGGACCAGGUACAUAUAGUGUAACAAAACCUGGCAUAUAUAAAUCCGAACCACCACAUUAUAGUAUGAUUGCUAGAAAUGAAAUGCCUGGUGAUGGAACUCAAAAACCAGGACCUGGUAAGUAUUCACCAGAAAAAGUUUGGCUCCAUAAACAACAAGCUCCUGGUUAUUCAUUUGGUAUUCGACAUUCAUUAUAUGAAGCACCACUUAUUGUCGAAGUUAAAGAAUAA